UUUUAAUGAACAUGUCAAAGCGAGAUGCUCUCGAUGAAGUUCCUGAAAGAGUUUCUUUUCCUGAAGAAGAGAGAAAAAUACUUCAAUUCUGGGAAGAGAAAAGUGCCUUUCAUACUUCUAUGGAUAUGAGUAAAGGUCGACAAACAUUUAGUUUUUACGAUGGACCUCCUUUCGCUACCGGGUUACCGCAUUAUGGCAAUAUCUUGGCAGGAACUAUUAAAGAUGUAGUGACUCGCUAUGCAUAUCAGACAGGGCAUGAUGUUCCGAGACGAUUUGGCUGGGACUGUCACGGCUUGCCAGUAGAGCACGAGAUUGAUAAAAAACUUGGAGUGAAGUGUCGAGAGGAUGUCUUGAGGUUGGGAAUUGACAAAUACAAUGCAGAGUGUCGAUCCAUCGUUUUACGCUAUGCUUCAGAGUGGGAAACAAUUGUGAAACGUUUGGGUAGAUGGAUUGAUUUCAAGAAUGACUAUAAGACGUUAGAUAUGACUUACAUGGAAAGUGUUUGGUGGGUUUUUAAGCAAUUGUAUUUGAAAGGAUUGGUCUAUCGAGGUUUUCGUGUAAUGCCUUAUUCGACAGCUUUGAACACUCCAAUGAGUAAUUUUGAAGCCAACCUGAACUACAAAGAGAUUAGCGAUCCCUCCGUCAUAGUUUCUUUUCCGUUAUUGACUGAUCCCAAUACUUGUUUACUUGCAUGGACUACUACUCCAUGGACCCUUCCUUCGAAUCUUUCCUUGUGUGUGCAUCCAGAUUUGGAUUAUGUAACUGUGGAGGACACUAUACAAGGAAAGAAAUAUAUCUUUGCUGAAGGGAGAAAGGAAGAAUGUUUGAAAGCGCUGAGACGCGAUUCUAAGAAAGCUUCAUCGGAAGUGCUUAGGAUUACCUCUCGCUGCAAAGGAACGGACCUCAAAGGCCUUCAGUACCAACCUUUGUUUGAAUACUUUUAUGAGCGUUUUAAAGAUAAAGCAUUUCUGGUUUUGGUUGAUGAAUAUGUAACGAGUGAUACAGGUACAGGUAUUGUUCACCAGGCUCCUGCUUUUGGUGAAGAUGACUUUCGUGUUUGCUCCAAUGCUGGCAUUAUUUCUUAUAAUGAUGAAGUACCUUGUCCAAUCGAUGACAAUGGACGUUUUAUACAACCUGUAACCGACUUUUGUGGAUUGCAUGUGAAGGAAGCAGACAAAUCCAUCAUACAAUUCAUCAAAUCACUGAAUCGCUUAAUUACGAAUGAAAGAAUAGUUCAUUCGUACCCUUUUUGUUGGAGAUCGGAGACCCCUUUAAUCUAUCGAGCUGUUCCUUCUUGGUUCGUCAGAGUGGAAUCUUUCCGAAACAGAUUAACGGAAAACAAUAAAAAGUCAUCCUGGGUCCCAGAAGCAGUUCAGUUUAACCGGUUUGGAAAUUGGUUGGAGAAUGCUCGUGAUUGGAAUGUUUCUCGGAAUCGUUAUUGGGGAACUCCAAUUCCCAUUUGGAUGAGUGACGAUAAGCAAGAGAUAGUUGUUAUUGGGUCGGAAGAAGAACUUCGACAGCUAGCAGGGCUUCAAGAAAAACUCACCGAUCUACAUAGAGACUCAAUUGACCACAUAACUAUUCAGUCAAAGUCUGGCAAGGUUCUUCGAAGAGUAGACGAAGUAUUUGAUUGUUGGUUCGAGUCGGGUUCGAUGCCGUAUGCAUCGAUUCAUUAUCCUUUUGAACCAGAUUCUGAGGCAGUAUUUCGCAGUACCUUUCCUGCAGUUUUUGUUGCUGAAGGGUUAGAUCAGACGAGGGGUUGGUUUUAUACUUUGAUGGUCUUAAGUACUGCCCUAUUUGAUAAGCCAGCGUUUCAACAUUGUAUCGUCAAUGGUUUGAUACUCGCAGAAGAUGGAAAGAAAAUGUCUAAGAGACUGAAGAACUACCCCGAUCCCAUCCAAGUUACAGAAUCACACGGAGCCGAUGCUCUUCGACUAUAUUUGAUUAACUCUCCUGUGGUUCGAGCAGAAACUCUCCGUUUCAAAGAAUCGGGAGUGAGAGAAGUGGUGCGAGAUGUUAUUUUGCCUUGGUAUAAUGCGUAUCGUUUCUUUGUUCAAAAUGUAAAGCAAUAUGAGCUUGAAAUGGAUGAAGAGUUUGGUGCUAUUGAGUUGGAUUUGCUUUCCAAGUCUAAUGUGAAUGAAAUGGAUCAUUGGAUUGAGUCUUCUCUUGCCUCACUUGUGUUGUACGUACGCAAAGAAAUGGAAGCGUAUCAUUUAUAUAAUGUAGUUCCUCGUUUGUUGGGAUUCAUAGAUUCUCUUACCAAUUGGUAUGUGAGACUAAAUAGGCCUCGUUUGAAAGGCAACAGUGGAAAGAAAGAAUGGAAGACUUCCCUAACAGUAUUGGGCGACGUUCUUAUCGUAUUUUGUCGUCUUAUGGCCCCAUUUGCUCCAUUUACUUCUGAAAUGAUCUUUCAAAACUUAAAGAAAGUAGCACCUCUAGAUUCUUUUGCUGAUUCUGUCCACUAUUUGAUGAUUCCAGAGCCAAGGUUGCAUUCAAUCGAUCAAAAGUUUGAACAAACUGUUUCGUACAUUCAGCAGGUUAUCCUUUUGGGACGCAUAGCUCGUGAUAGACGAAAUGUUCCUCUCAAACAGCCUUUAAGGAAAUUGGUGAUUAUUCAUCGGGAUGCCCAAGUUUUGGAAGCUAUUCGACAACUUGAAAGUUAUAUUGUUUUGGAGUUGAAUGUAAAGCAGUUGGUUUAUACCACAGAAGAAAAACAAUAUGUUUUACUUCGUGCAGAUGCCGAUGGAAGAGCACUUGGCUCGAAACUGGGAAAAGAUUUCGCAAAAAUUCGCAGUGCAAUACAGCAACUAAGUAGCGAUGAUAUUUUUGAGUUGGAACAAAGUGGAAAAUUGGAUAUCGAAGGACAUUGCAUAUUAUUAGAACAAGUGAAAGUAAUUCGUCAAGUCAAGAAAGAUAUCACUAUGUUACAGGAAGAAUAUGAAAUGGUCGCAUCCAAUGACACUAGCGGGCUUUUAAUAUUUAUGGAUAUGAAACAGGAUGAAAAUUUGUAUGAAGAGGGCAUCGCACGGGAACUUAUCAAUCGAGUACAAAAGCUCAGAAAGAAGGCAGGGCUCUUACCAAGAGAUGAAAUUGAAGUUUUUGUAGAUACCGACGAUGUUCUUCUCAGAAGGUAUAUGACUUUGUCAUUGAAAUGCGUAUGUAGUUGCAACAUACUAACAUAACUUCCUCUUAGAAUACUUCAAAAGUAUCGCAACAACCUAAAAGAAGCUCUCCAUACUCCACCACCUUUGACAUUCGAAUAUAAGCCCAAUUACGUUCCCAUCAUUGAAUACAGCCAAGUUGAAGCAAUUCAUGAUAUGCCAUUGAAAAUAUGUUUGGUUAGAGCUGGAUUGCGUCCGAGCAGAAAACUGAUUAAAGAACUUGUGGGAGAUGAUGCGAGAACCGAAUCUGUGGUUCGAUAUUGUCUAAUAAGAGAAACUUCUGAAAUUCUUCAUCCAAGUAUGUUUUUGUAUU